GUCAGAGGCUUGAGUCUGAGACGCAGGUAAUAUCAUGUUGAAGAUGAGCGGGUGGCAGCCACAGAGCCAGAAUCAGAUCCGGAACCUGAGGAGAGAGUGUUCCAGAAGGAAGUGUAUCUUCAUACAUCACCACACUUGAGAGCAGAACGUGAUCCAACUGCAGAGAUGGCAGCUGAGUCCUUGCCUUUUUCCUUCGGGACACUGUCCAGCUGGGAGCUGGAAGCCUGGUAUGAGGACCUGCAAGAAGUGCUGUCCUCAGAUGAAAAUGGGGGUACCUACAUUUCCCCCUCUGGAAACAAGGAGGAAGAAUCAAAAACCUUCACCACUCUUGACCCCGCCUCUCUGGCUUGGCUGACUGCGGAGCCAGGACCAGCAGAGGUCACAAACAGCUCCCAGAGCCCUCGCUCUCCAGAUUCCAGUCAGAGCUCCCUGGCUCAGGAGGAAGAAGAGGAAGAUCAGCAAAGACCCAGGAAGCGGAAACAGAGUGGUCAGUCCCCAGCUGUGGCUGGAAAGCAACGCAUGAAGGAGAAAGAACAAGAGAAUGAAAGGAAAGUGGCACAGCUAGCUGAAGAGAACGAACGACUCAAGCAGGAAAUCGAGCGCCUGACCAGGGAGGUAGAGGCGACUCGCCGAGCUCUCAUUGACCGAAUGGUUAAUCUGCACCAAGCAUGAAGAGUUGGGACCAUCACUUCCCCCUCGGGCCACCACCUACCUUUCGCAAAAGUGGCUGCUGACCAUCUUUCUCCAGUGCCAAUGAUGUGACCCUCAACCCCAUCUAUUCAGGAGGCGGGAAAGCUUGGGGUAGACAACAGGAAAGGGUCUCAGCAUGUAUAUAGAGAUUGUAAAUUUAUUUAUUACUGUCCAUAUCCAUUAAAGUAACUUUCUAUGA